AUGGGAGAGAGCCACCACCAAGCAGCAACAUCGUCAAGAUUGGGGAUAAGAAACACAGUGGGAGAGAUUGUGGAGGUCCAAGGAGGCCACAUUGUUCGGUCCACGGGAAGAAAAGACCGCCACAGCAAGGUCUGUACUGCCAAAGGCCCCAGAGACCGCCGCGUCCGGCUCUCAGCCCACACUGCCAUCCAGUUCUACGAUGUGCAGGACCGCCUAGGCUACGACCGUCCAAGCAAAGCCGUCGAUUGGCUCAUCAAGAAAGCCAAGGCUUCCAUAGACGAGCUUGCAAAGCUACCCGCAUGGGAUCCAACCACUGCGGGCUUCACCCCCGCAACUAGUAAAACUACAACAAGAAGCACCCAGCAGCAAAACAUAAGCGAUGAGAGGGAGUAUCAGCUUUCCAUUGAAAAUGUUGCUGCUUCAAAAGCAGCAGCAGCAGCAGCCGCAAUUGAAGUUCAAAAUAUGCAACAACAAAUGGCAGAAAACCCCAACAGUAGUUCAGGUUUUCUGCCACCAUCUUUAGACUCAGAUGCCAUCGCUGACACAAUCAAAACUUUCUUUCCAAUGGGUGCUUCUACGGAGACAUCGUCUCCAACUAUACAGUUUCAGAACUAUCCACCAGAUUUGCUGUCAAGAACCAGCAGCCAGAGCCAAGAUCUGAGGCUCUCGCUCCAAUCAUUUCAAGAACCAAUUCUUUUGCAACAGCAAGCACACCAUCAUGGUCAUCAAGCUCAAAAUGAACAUCAAAUGUUGUUCUCUGGAACCACUGCCCAUUAUCUCGGCUUUGAUGGCUCUUCUGGUGGGUGGUCUGAGCAGCAGCACCCACCAGAAAUGACCCGUUUCCAAAGAAAUUUGGUGGCUUGGAAUGCAGCAGAUGCUAGUAGUGGUGUUGGCGGUGGCGGUGGCGGAGGUGGAGGAUUCAUCUUCAACACACCUCUACCACCGCCACAGACGAUGUCGCCAUCGCCACUUGUGCAGCCGUUUUUCGGCCAAAACCAGUUUUUUUCUCAGAGGGGACCCCUUCAGUCCAGUAACACGCCUUCAGUUCGUGCUUGGAUAGACCCAGCGAUCACUCCUGAUCAUCAUUCUCAUCAUCAUCAUCAUCAACAAAUUCCACAAAUUCAUCAUCAGCAAACUGCAAUAUCAGGCAUUGGAUUCACUGCCUCAGGGGGUGGGUUCUCUGGGUUUCGAGUUCCAGCACGAAUUCAGGGCGAAGAAGAGGAGCACGACGGCAUUCACAACAAGCCGUCCUCUGCUUCCUCUGAUUCUCGCCAUUGA